AUGCUCUUAGGAAAAAAACACAGACGGAUCCUUCCCAAUUUGGUCUCUACUCAUUUUAGCCCUUACUUGUAUUUUGUCCGAGGGUUUUCAGCACUUCGGAGGUUAAAAAGCAGGAAAGCUCCUUACAGCGAGGUGUCUAAGGGUUUGUACAUCGGUGGGUGGCCUUCUUCGCCGGAAAAAAUGCCGUCGGGUAACCCUGCUGUAAUAGAUUGCACCUAUACAAGGUCUCCGGAUCCAGGUGCCAUGGAAUCGUCUAUUCGAUGGGCUUUGAGAAAGAGAACUCAGAAUACUCCUAUCUUCAUUCAUUGUGCUUAUGGCCAUGGAAGAAGUGUGGCGUUGAUGUGUGCUUUAUUGGUGGGUUUGGGUGUCGUUGAUGACUGGAAAAAUGGUGAGAAAUUAAUCAAAGAAAAACAACCUUAUAUUCGAAUGAGUGCUCUUCACCGGAAAGCCUUGGAAGAAUGGUCAAUGAACCGGUUAUCUCCUCAAAAAAAUGGAUCCAAUGCACGUUAUUGA